UAUAUCCUUCAAAAUUUGGGUGGAUCAGUUUCACAAGUCAUUAAGACCUUAACCCAUUCAUGCCAGGAAGGUCUGAGGAGAUAAGGCUACCAGCAAUAAUGUUUGAAACACAGUCAUUUUCCUGUUCUUCUAAGGACAGUAAUGAGCCAUCCCAAGUAUGGUUAUGUGUUUAAGGAGGAGAAAAUACCAUGGGUAACAAAACACGUCAGUCCUGAAUCUAUUGAAGAUACCUGGUUAUCAUUAUCCACUAAGUUGGAUUUUAAAGAAGCUGAUGUAUCUUGUGAAGACGGCAAGACAUUAACCUUGAAGCAGGAAACAGAAGCUUUGCUAUUGGAAGUUACUGAGCUAAUUAAGCGGCUGGAGGCUGAUCGUGAGGAAGCAGAAAAAGCUUUGGAGUUGGAGAAACAGCAAAGGAAAAAGCUUGGCAUGAAAAUUGAUUGUAUGUCACUUUGGAGGCUUCAGCAGCUCCCUGCAGCCGUGCAAAAAGAAUAUGAAACGUGUGUUCAAGAUACCUUGGAGCUACAAUGGCAUUUUGAUUGUAAAAGCCAUCAGCUGCGACAGGUACAAAACCAAAUACUUAAGAUAGAAACAGUCAACAGAAAGAUUCAGGAGGAUAUAGACUUCAUGAAGAAACACAGCCCUCUGGUGGAAGAAAAGCUGAAUCUAGAGGGUGAAGCUGUGAAGGAUGCGUUACUGGCUUAUGAAAAGACAUCAAAAAUAUAUAGUGAUGUUCGUUGUGAACUCAUGGAAAUCCAAAGGACAAUUAAAAGAAUUGAUGAAGAAUCGGAAAAGAAGAUACAAUCUAUGUAUGAGAAAAUUGAAUAUGCUGAGAUGCUAUCGAGUCAAUACAAGAAUAAGUUAAAGCAUUCUGAAUUUAUUUGGACCGAAUACUGUAUGAAGUUAAAAGAAACAGAGGAGAAGAUUAUAAAGGAUGAAAAACACCUUGAGGAGUUAGUGGAGCAAAAAGCAGAAAUCCAGGAAGAUGCAAAAUGUUGGAACAGCAAAAUAGAAGAUUUGAAUAAUAAAAUAGCUGCCCAAGGAGAUGAGAGUGUAAAAAUAUCAGAUGCUUAUUCUGAAGUGAUUAAAGCUGUGGAAGAAUUAAAAUCCACCAAGGAAAGUGAUCUACAGAAUAUAAAGCAAAAGAUUCUCAAUAUUAAUGAAGCACUGGACAGUUUGAAAUGUGAAAAUGAAGAACUUGAGGGAGAAAAUGAAGAGUUUUUGCAAAAAUUCGGAAAUAGUUCAAGAAAAAAGAAGGCGUAUCAGUCAGAAGUUGAAACUAUCUGCAAAAGCAUGUGUAAGAUUGAACAGCAAAUAGAAAGACUGAAUGAAGAUCUCUGUAAUGCUGAAUUGUCCUACAGUGAAAAAAAAAGGAAGUAUGAAGACUUAAAAAAAACCAAAACCGCAGAAGAAAUUUCUUACAAGAAUUCAGAGUGGAAUCUUAAAAAAGAAAUUCAAGAUCAAAAAGGAGUUUGGAAAGCGACUCAGAAGCUGUCCUAUUUGGAUCAGAGAAUACAAGAGCUAGAUAAACAGCAGAAGCAAACUGAACAAAAACUGGAGCAAAAAAGAACUAUUUUGCAGCAACAAUUAAAUGAUAUACAGGAAAAAACUUCAUUUGUUUCCAGUCAAAUUGCUGAAAACUCCCACACUAUGGAAAAUUUAAAAAAAGGACUUAAAGAAUUAAAUGAAUUAUGGAACAUGAAGCAAAUAGGGAUGGAAAAUACAGAAAAAUCUGUCACUGAUUUGCAGAAAAUUUUAAGUGGUGUGAUGUUUAAGCAGCAAAAUGUUCAGAUGGUAUUUAAUCAUCUCCAAGAUGAACUAGCGGAAUAUGAGAAAAGGUUAAAGCAGGAAGAAAAAACAUAUAGAGAAUUACUACAGAUUAGAAAGAAAAACCUGAAAGAUUCCAAAGCUGCUCUGGAGCAAAUCAUGAAAGAAAAUCUGUGGUUAGCUCAAGAAUAUCAAAUCUUUCAGAACUACUACUUAAACAGUAAAGAAGACCUUACAGAGCUCUAUGACAAUAGAAUCAGGGUGGAAGCUGCCAUUAGAGAUCAUCAGCAGCUGCGGGCGCUGCAGAGGAGGCUGCGCGGGGCGCUGGUGGCGCGGUGGAGCCGGCGCGGCCUCUCCAUCCAGGCUGGGCUGGCGAGGAUCCAGGCAGCCUCUCAGGAGAAUGCUCAGAAAAUAUUAGCUGUGCAGGGGGAGUUGUCAAAAGCAAUCCAGCACAUCACCGCUUUCUUGCGCUCUUUGACAGAUGGCUCGCCGACUACAGACAACAAUGCAAACAACCAGUGUAUCUUGGAUGCUGAAACAAAAGACAAGAAAAGUCACACAGUUCAGAUAACAGUGUAAUUGGACAUUCACCUGUUUGCCAUUUCACACUUCCAUGGACGAAAAACUCACUCACCUCCCAGCAUGCCUUGCCAUUCUUUUACUUACAGCAAAUCCAUAACAAUGAAACAGGUGACUUUCAUGCUGCUGUCAGGAACGAUCUAAUUUCAGCUCUGGGUGACUGAUUGCAAUUGGCUUUGCCUCAUCUGAUAAUUAAUCUAUGUCACCAUUAAUUGGAAGAGAGAAUAAUUACUGGCGGUGUUGACAGUGACUGUACGCUUCCCCAGAUUUCCCCACCGUGUUGGCCCAAAUAAAGGCUUUGCAAUUCAGUACUUAAAGUUUAUGUAAACUGGAACAAUACCUAUGCCCAUGUGACACUUGCAGACACUCUGUCUAAAGUACUUUUGUUUUCGUGUUUACCAGUCUUUUUUAGCUCUCUGCAAGCUGUCUCCCUCAAUCACUCCUCAAUGUUCUAUCUUAAUUUUGUGGAAGUUUAAAGUUUUCAAUGAGCUGGAGAUGAAUGAUUAAUGAAUAAAUUUAAAUGCUUCAUUUUG